CUAGUCCCCUCUUUAGAAUCACUUGAAAACAUGAGCUUUCCGCGUGCGGUCGUGGAAGCAGUUGGACGAACGUCGACGAAGUAAUAAUUAGGGAUCGGUUAACUGAAGUGAAGUCCUUUCUUUCUAACCAGUUAGUCGUUUCUUUCGUUCUGGUGAAAUAAAUAAAAAGCUUGGUGUACCUGCAGCAGCGCUGGAUUAUUCUGAUGUUACCACGCUUGGAUGCAUUCAUUUUUCUCCACAGUCACAGUGGUCAGCGGACUGAAUAAUCUACGACUUCAUCUCAUUCUUCGUUUUUUUUUACUUCAACAAAGAAGAAGUUAACUGCCACAUAAACAGACUUCGCCGAACUAACUUAGAGGAGACUUGGACCACCAACUCAAUCAGUCCACAUAGCUCUGUUCAUUUUAUGAUACGUAGCAGACUUCUAUCACAGCGUUCAGGCAGAGAAAAGAUUUCAUGCCCUUUCUAAACACAAACUGAAAAGAAUCUUUGAGUCUUUUAGUUCCUUUUCAUUUCAUUUCAUUUCAUUUUUUAUUCGUGGAUCCUUCUCAAGUGACAAGAAACAUGAUGCCAAUAGAGCAAGUCGAGUUGGACAAGUGAAAGAUUCAUCCCAAACAUCGAGAAAAACUUGACUAACUUUUUUUUCUGGACAAGGACUAUUGACUGCGUACUGUAUUCCAGUGUUGGGAUUCUGUGCCUCAUUCAGUACACGGCACCUCCUCCGCCUUGGAGCACUUUCUGAAUACUGGACAAUUUCAAGACGUUAUACGUUGUUUUCAGCCCGGCUGCAGCCCAUCCAGGUAAAGAUCUAAAAAGUGUUGUGUGUCUCAUCAGUGACAUCCACCACACGCCCCCUUCAUUGAUAUAACCACUGUGUCCUGACCACGGAUGAUCGUCGACGUCACCAGCCAUCAGGGUGGCAUCUGGACUUACAAACCUUCCGGAAGCGCUAGAACCAAGACUCAAGUUCCUCCCACACAGACAGACUGAAGUCUUGUCCGUUGUCGCUGACGUCAUCACCAUAAAGGUGAAGCCUGACUCCUAAUCGGCCCACCGUAUGAUUGUGGCACUCCCGCCCCCAACCUGCACAAGAACACAGCAACUAUAUCACGUACAGUCGCAUCUUCACAACAGCAGCAUCAGCCACAACAGCAUCGGUAGGGAAAGCGUUUACAACAAUAAAAGCAGCAGCAGUAAUAGCAGCAACAGCAGCAACAGCAGCAACAACAGCAACAGCAGCAACAGCAGCAACAGCAGCAACAGCAGCAACAGCACCAACAACAGCAACAGCCGCUGUAGCGAGAUCUUCAGGCCAGACAACAACCAGUACCAGAGGCCGCUAUUGAUGCAUGUGAGCGCCAUGUUCCCCAACGUGCUAACCCCUUCCUCCAUCUACCAGAGCAUGCUCCGCUCGCCGCUCGGCCUACCCACCACACACCCAGGUGGCGCCCUCAGCUCGAGUUCAGCCUCCUUCCUCGUGGAGAACCUGCUCCGUGAGCGAGCCGCUGGCAUGAUGGCGAGGCCACAGCACCACCCGGGCAUGACCUCAAUACCCGGACUCGGACUCGGCGUCGGGGUCGGGGUCGGACUCGGUCUCAGCGCUUUUGGGGCGGUUCCCACAAGCUGUGGACACAACAACACCGCUGCUGGGGGCGGCGGCGGUCAACCUGGACACAUCUCACCACACGAAUCCGACCACCCGUCCCCGCCCAUAAACCUGGACAGAAUUCACGAAAACGCCAAAGCGUCGAUGGUUGGCAUGGUGACAACGCAGGCUGUUCCAUCAGGCUCCCCUCCUCCCCCUGCAGCUAUCCGAGUCGUCUCCUCCUCCUCCUGCUCCUCCUCCUCCUCCUCCUCUGCCCCCCUCAACGGAACACCGACCAAUCCGGGGUUAUCAGUGGCUCCCAGUAGCGGACUUUCCAGCCCUCUCGGCGGCCCACAGGGGCCCUGCGGGGGAUCCCAGCAACCGUUUCUCAAAUUCGGAAUGAACGCCAUCCUGGGGAAAGAUUUGCACCGGCGUUCUCCCCCAACAGCAACAGUUGUUAAGGCUUUGCGGCCAACUAACUCGUACUUCGUUCCCGCUCUGAUCUCAUCAACUAUUAAGGUGUUGACCCCAGCCUCCAAAUCCGGACAUUCCAGACAAAAUCUGGGAGCUGAGUGA